GCGAUGGCUGAGAGAACCCUCGCUGCCGCGCUGCUGACGGUUUUGGAGAACACACCCCUCGUCGUCUUCCUCCAUCAACGCGAAUGCCCCAGCAAGCCCCGCGCAUGAACGAGCCCACAGCUCAGUCGCCGCUCCUGCCGUCGACCUCGUCGUACGUCUACCCCGUUCGUUCGCUCCUCAGCGGGAUCCGCCCAGCUCGCGAGGACACAGACUCGCAAGAUGUCACCACGCCUGCGGCGCCUUUAGAGAAGCACGGCAACGCCCCCAUCGGAUCCUCUUCCGGGGAGGCGCCCCCUUUCAGUCGUUCUCGUAGCGGCACUGGUCCCCCUGCACCGUCCUCUACAUCUCUUGGCAGCGAAGGCGCUGAUUCGCACACACGACGGAAACUCAGCACGCCCAACUUUCGCGACUUCGCUCCGAACGAGGACCCGCUUUGCCGCCGCUCGUUUGCCUCUGCACGUCAUCAGCCAAUGGCGGACUCAGCGUUCAAUGAGGACCCUGCAUCCGACGCAGAGGCCGCUGUCCAGGUUGCCGCGCAUCACCCGCCACAGUUCUCAGACUUUGCCUCGGAGGCCUUCCAUGAGGUCGCUCCUGAUUUCCUGCCUUUGCCAGACGACAACCACUCCAACUAUGACGCUGUACUACACGGUCGCUUCUCGCAGUCGGGCAUCGUCCACUUGCCGCCCCUCGACUCUACAUCAGGCUCGAAUCCAUCUGCACCCUCGACUAUUUCGCCGUCGUCGUCUCGCGGGUGCGCCAGUCGCGACUCGGCAGUCGGCUCAGAUCGCUCGGCGAUACAGACAUCGCUGGGUGAGGCGGAAGUCGUGAAGAUGCCCUCCGCGCAGGAGCCCGACGCGGCGCCCUCGGAAAUGAAGGCCUCGGAUUCGAGCAGCAGCGGCGACAGCGGGGAGGGGCCGCGCAUUGCGUUCAGAUACACGCAUGCGGAGGACGAGGACGGGCACCAUCUGAUUGUUGGGAGGGAAGGGGAGCUGGUUAAGUGCGAGGACGAGCCGAUUCGCACGCCUGGCGCUGUCCAGGGCUACGGCAUCCUCAUCGCGGUGGAGGAGGACGAGGAGACAGGGGACCUCGUCGUGCGACAGGCCUCAGAGAACUCCGCAGAGCUCCUCGGGCUGUCGCCGAAGUACCUCUUCUCGCUCGAGUGCUUCUCGCAGACGCUACCUGACCAGCAGGCGGACGUGCUGUUCGACAACAUCCAAUAUCUGAACGACACUUCGCUCACGCCCGAAGAGCAGGCCGAGAAUUUGCACGUUUUCAUGCUCAGUGGGUGGGGUGAGCCAGACACUGUGCCGGCGGGGGUCGCCACGAAUGACCCGCAGCGACGACGGAGCUGGAGCUGCUGGUGCGCCGCGCACCGCCCGCAGAUGACAGCGCCGGCGAACAUGGAGACGAAGUCGAAUGACACGUCCCUCAAGGCCGACAGGGUCAUCAUCAUCCUCGAGUUUGAACUCGAGCGCGACACGUUCAACCCACUGUAUCCUGCUGUCUCUGCGGACGAUACGUCGUCGAUGUACUCGGGCGUAUCCUCGCCCUCGGAGGGCACAGCGGCCAGCUCGAACUCGGCAAGUAACUCAGCGACUGAUAGUUCUGGCCGGACAUUGGUCUCUUCGAGCAGCUCUCAGGAUAGGCUCGCACGCACGCCAGAGGAAUCGUCAUCCGGUUUAGCGUCGGUGCCUAGCAGUGGCAGUGACGCAGUCCUUCGUCAAGCGGAAAGUUCACCUGCGCGCUCGGGGGCAGGUGGAGUAUCUGCCUUCGAUACGAACGCAGAAGACGAUUGGAUGCCAAGUCCUGAAGAUAUUUUGGAGAGCACGACGAGCCGUGCAAAACCUCUGCCUGCUCUUGAGCGUCUUCGACGUACGCGUCGCGUCGUCGGUGAUUCUUCCUUUGCAGCCGGCAGCAACACUGCCUUCGGGUCGUCCAGCAAUGGUUCCCCAAGUGGGCAUGCUCAGCCAGAGUCACUGCGACGGGGCCUGUCUCGUCGCCGCAGAGGUACGGGUGCUGUGGGGAUGAUGGACGUCUUUGCGGUCAUGGCGCAGAUCAAUGAGCAGCUUGGGGCCGCACCAGACUUGGAGACCUUCUUGAAGGUCGUAGUCGGUGUCAUCAAGGACCUUACGCAGUUUCACCGCGUGGUCGCAUAUCAGUUCGAUGAGCUCUGGAACGGGCAGGUCGUCGCGGAACUGGUGGACUGGAAACAGACGCACGAACUAUUCCGAGGUUUACACUUCCCGGCCACGGAUAUCCCUGCGCAGGCGAGGCAUCUCUAUGUUCUCAACAAAGUUCGGCUCUUGUAUGACCGUGCUGCCCCGACUGCGCGGCUGGUGGUUAGGAGUAAGAGAGACCUGGAGACGCCACUCGAUAUGACCCAUUGUUACUUGCGCGCUAUGAGUCCGAUCCACCUGAAGUACCUCGAGAACAUGCAGGUCCGCGCAUCGAUGUCCGUCUCCAUCGUUGCGUUCGGCCAACUUUGGGGUCUGGUCGCUUGUCACUCUUAUGGUAGCCACGGGAUGCGUGUCUCCUUCCCUGUUCGACAGAUGCUUCGUCUGCUCAGCCAGUCCGUCUCGCGCAAUGUGGAGCGGCUUAGCUACGCACAGCGCUUGAGUUCUCGCAAAUUGAUCAAUACGAUGCCGAGUGACCAGCACCCUUCCGGCUAUAUCGUGUCGAACGCGGACGAUCUCCUUGGGUUGUUCGAUGCUGAUCAUGGUGUCCUUGUCAUUGGUGAAGGUGCCAAGAUAUUGGGGCCAAAUCAGCAUGGUCAGGAGAUUCUGAUUGUUGCGGAGUACCUCCGCCUCAAGCAGUUCGACACGAUUCAGGUAUCGCAAGCGGUGACACAGGACUAUCCCGAUCUUCACCUCAAUACUGGUCUCGAGGUCAUUGCCGGUCUCCUGUAUGUGCCACUGUCGGCUGGCGGGCGGGAUUUCAUCGCUUUCUUGCGCAAGGGCCAGCCGCGAGAAGUGCGUUGGGCAGGGCGGCCGUACAAGGAUGGACAGACACCCAAUGUGCUCGAGCCCCGGGCAUCGUUCCGCUUAUGGUCAGAGACCGUGGCUGGCCGCUGCCGUGCAUGGUCAGACGAACAUCUGGAGACAGCCGGCGUGCUCGCGCUUGUGUAUGGCAAGUUCAUCGAGGUCUGGAGACAAAAGGAGAGUGCGUUACAGACCACGAAGCUCACGAAUUUAUUGCUCUCAAAUGCUAGUCAUGAAGUACGGACACCGCUUAAUCAUAUCAUAAAUUAUUUGGAGAUGGCUCUCAACGGUUCGCUGGAUUCUGAGACACGGGAAAAUCUCAGUCAAUCGCAUGCUGCAUCGAAAAGCUUGUUGCUCACGAUCAAUGAUUUGCUGGUACGUAUAGCUGAUUUCCACAGACAUGGAACGCUGGACGAGAUAUUUGUCAAAUCGCAGGACCUCACACGCCUUGAAAGUGGCAACGAAACAUCUUUCAAUGAAGUCUUUGAUCUACAUCGUGCCAUCGAGGAUGCAAUCAUCAUAUACAAGAAUGAAGCAGCGCGCAGAGGAUUGAUAUUCAGUGUCGAUUUGUCGAAUUCUCCAACACUAGUGGUUGGCGACUACCGCAAGAUCCGGACAGUCGUGGCCAACCUCACUGCGAAUGCCCUGAAGUACACGGAACGUGGAGGCAUCUCUUUGGAGUGCCAUGCCUUUGAGGAGCCCGCAGGACUUCGUGAUUCUCACAAUGUGGCCGUCGAAAUCAUUGUGUCGGACACAGGUCAUGGCAUUUCAGCCGAGAAGCUCGAAUGUAUCUUCCGUGAAUUCGAGCAGGUAGAGAGCACGCCGACGCGAGCGCCCGUGCCGGGCUUAGGGCUUGGACUGGCUGUUGUUGCUCGUAUUGUCGAGCAGCUUGGCGGCCAGCUACGAGUGGACUCACGGAUCGGCGAAGGCAGUCGCUUUUCCUUUCUCAUUCCAUUCACCACGGAUGCUGGCGAAUACAGUGUCACCUCUGACUCAAGAUGUCCCUCGUCACGAUCCUUCGGAUCUGCUGAUGACGAAUCGCGAGGCAACGAGAUCGACAAUCUCGUGCAAGCGUUCUCAAGCCACCUUCUCAGUGAUAGGCAGGCAUCGGUUUCUGGAAGUGGCACUCCUGCGGAUUCUGAGAUAUCUCGAUUGGACGAAGGAAGAUUCAACACAAUUAGUACUGAGCCAGAACCGAGUUCAAAGUUGUUGACUCCAGAAGGGGACUCGAAUAAUCUUGCGCGUCGCAGGUCAAGUCGAGCCCACAUGUCGUCCAAGGUCCCCUCUCGGCCUCGUUCAGGCCCGCGAUCAUCCACAUCUCGCAGCAAUCGUUCAGAUGGCGACUUUGGUACAAAAUUGCGGCUGCUGAUAGUCGAGGACAAUGACAUCAAUCGGAUGAUUCUCGCCAAGCGACUGUCCUUGGAUGGGCAUAACGUUGUCAAUACAACCAAUGGCCAAGAAGGUCUCGACAUGUUGCAGUCCGACUUCGAGUUUGAUGCGGUGCUCAUGGAUAUCCAAAUGCCCCUUCUGAAUGGCUUCGAAGCCACGGAACGCAUCCGCGGACUGGAACACUCGAGGGUGAACAGUCUUCACAGGACUUCGCACAAGAUCAAUGGUCGAAUACCCAUUUUCGCCGUGUCUGCUUCCUUGUUCGAGGACCAGCAGGAGGAGCUCUUCAACCUCGGGUUUGACGGUUGGAUAUUGAAACCAAUCGACUUCAAGCGCCUGAGGGUCAUCCUCCGCGGCGUCGUUGACACGGUGCAGCGAGCAAAGGACGUCUACCAACCAAAUUGUAAUUGGGAAGUCGGCGGGUGGCUACGAAAGCUCGACAAAGUCCGCGAGGACGACCUGUAAUCGCAACCCUCUUCUCGUCAACCCUCAUCUUGGGUCUUGUCGCUUGUCCAUAACAUACCGCAAACACAAAGCAACCGUGAUUUCUUACGCUGUGUACACAACAUUUCAUACUGUAUCAGUAAACAUUCCUCGCAUCUGUAGCCGUACGCAGAGAUACACGAGAGCCUGCCAUCGUCGUUCGUCUAGAUACUGUACAUCACAAUAUUGUAUUCGUCAGCUUUGACCGCACCGCACUGGUACGAUUACGUCGUCAUGCCGUGGUGGUCUAUGCACUCUGGUAUCAUACAUAGGCCGCGCCCUUUUAUAUAGCCACUCCUCUGCUGCGCUCCCCCAACCGUUGUGCAGUACUAGUAGCAGUGUCAAUAAAUAAUGCCUCUGAUCGUGCAGC